UGGGCAUCCUCCUCCCCCCUCUUUCCUUCUGUAUUCCUCUAAAACCUUACCAGGCAAAUCCAUAUCAUUAAUAUUUCAGCCUUGGGCCCUGGCUGGCAUUGGCUAGGCUGCAACGUAGCUCAUCGAUAAGAGCUGGCAAGGAGGGGGAAUAGCCCACCAGAACCCUGCUUGCCUCUGGCAGAGGAAGGAGAGCUGGAGAGACGUCAGUGACAGAAAGUGAGCAUAGAAGGACUCUGCAGAGACCUGAGCCAGCCAGCUAGAGAGCAUCUCUCUCUUUCUGAGAAGCCAGCUUGCUUGCCACACAGAAUACUCCCCUGCAGGUACCACAAGAGCAAAGCCAGCAUGGAUGUCUUUAAGAAAGGCUUUUCCAUCGCCAAAGAAGGUGUGGUGGCUGCUGCAGAAAAGACCAAGCAGGGAGUGACCGAAGCUGCGGAGAAGACCAAGGAAGGGGUGAUGUAUGUAGGGGCCAAAACCAAAGAGGGUGUAGUGCAGAGUGUCACUUCAGUUGCUGAAAAGACCAAAGAACAGGCCAACCUUGUGGGUGAAAGUGUAGUGGCCAGUGUGAACACGGUGGCAAAACAGACUGUAGAAGGAGCAGAGACCAUAGUAACCACAACUGGGGUUGUAAAACCGAAACAUUACACCUGUUCUUCACCUCCUGAAUCCCCUUAA